AUGUCGGCGCACUGGAAGGAUGCCGUUCUCGGGACGAGGCCGAGCCAGAUCCGCAAGCAUAGGGAGGCUCUUUUCGAACGAUGCCAGAAGCCUGCCAGCGAGGACCCGCAGGCAGGGCCCAGCGGGGCGACAAGCAACACUUCGACGCCUGGCGUGCUAAAGCGGCCCGCGGCCGCUGCUGCCAGCCCUGGGGCUGCCGUGGCCGCCGCCAAACGGCCAGCGUCCGCGGAGGCCCCAGCAGGGAGGGCUCUCGUGGCGAAGCGCCCAGCAGGGGAGGGCAUCUUGGUCUCCGAGGCUGCCGGACGGGGAACGAGCUGCCCUUUCCCUUGGGCGCCGAAGUACGCCUACAGCAAGCUAGGGGAGCAGGUGACAAAAGGCAAGGGGAAACUCUUCCGCGCGGUGGUGCAACCCAAGUAUCCAGCGGCGAUCCUUCACACGGGUGCGCAGGCGACGAGCGAGUUGGAGAAGUUUGGCUUCACCCCCGGCGCCCCCCCGUUGGUCGCGAGGUUCUGCUGGGUAUGCCAGGGGCGACUCGCGGUGGCGACGCGGCAGGGCGGCCGGAAGGUUCUCGCGUGCAAGAGGCAGAAGUGCGGCGUGCGCAACAUGCCGCUGACUGCGUUCACCCCCAUGUACGGGACCCGCAUGACGCCUCAGUCGUACUGGAGGGUGGCGUGGUGCUUCGCAAACCAGGAGAGGGUCGACCAGACCGUGCAGCUGACAGACGUGAGCGAGGACGUCGUUCCCCGUUGCUUCGCCUCCCAUCGCGACGUCGUCGCGUGGUGGUCGGUGAGGAUGGGGAGGGGCCUCACCUUCGGUGCUGGCGAG